AUGGCGGGCCUAGACCGCCGAGAGGCCGGGGCCUCCGGGCCGACGGGGUCCGCGGGCCCCAGGCGGCCCAAGCGGCGGCGGCGGCAGCAGGAACUGCAGGGAAAGCAGCAGCCGGCCCCGCGGCAAGGGCAGCGCAGCAAAGAAAAGAGAAAAGUGAAUUGCAAGCCCCGGAACCAAGACGGACAGGAGAUCCCCUUCCGGCUGCGAGAGAUCAUGAGGGCCCGCCAACAGAUGAAAAACCCCGUCAGUAACAAGAGGAAGAAGAGAGACGCCCAGGUGGUCUUCAGAAAGACGCUGGAAAAGGAGGCCAAGGGGCCAGAGUCAGACAUUGCUGUCCCCAGGUUCAAGCAGAGGAAGCGGGAGUCGGACAGGGCCUACAUCCAGCGCAUGGAGCAGGCGGCCCAGCACGUGCUCUUCCUCAGCAGGAACCAGGCCACCCGGCAGCCCGAGGCGCAGGAGGCCCCCAGGAGGGAGAAGUCGGAGCGCAAGAGGGCGUUCCAGAAGCGGCGGCAGGAUAAAGCCCGGCAGAGGAAGGAGGACAAGGUGGCGGACAGGCUGGAACGGGAGCUGCUCCGAGACACCAUCAAGUUUGGGGAGGUCGCCCUGCAGCCUCCAGACUUGGCCGCCAGGCCCAGGAAGAGCCUUGUCAGGGGACAGCCUGACAGGAAGGCCCUGCUGCUGAAGACGCUUUUGGGGCCUGGCUGUGUGUCCCAGCCUCCGAAGCCCUCGCUGGCCCGGCAGCGGAUCGUGGAGGAGGAGCGGGAGCGGGUGGUGCAGGCGUACCGCACGCUCAAGAAGCUAAAGCAGCAGCCGGGGCCGCGGUCAGCCCACCUCCUGCCCUGGAAGAAGCCAGCGGCGGGUCUGUGA